AUGAUCACUUUUCUUCAGAUCAACCUACAAAGAAGCUGGACCGCACAAACCCUCUUCCACCAGUACAUAGUUGAGCGGAAUAUUGACGUGUGCAUCCUCUCCGAGCAGCACUCUGACCUACCGACGACCAAAUGGAUCGCAGACAGCACUGUAGUCGCUGCAAUCUGGAUAACAAAUCCUAACAUCAGUGUCCUAAAUAGCGGCAACGAAGACGGCUUUGUAUGGGUGAAAACCCCCUUCCAUACUGUCUUUAGCUGCUAUCUAUCACCAAAUGAAGGUCCUGACAUUUUCCGCCAUAAACUCGCAAAGUUAGAAGACGCAGUACGGGAGACAGAAGGGGAAUCAAUCAUCGCCGGCGACUUUAAUGCUAAAUCCGUUGACUGGGGAAUGUCUUCGAGUGACUCCCGGGGCGAUGCCGUCUCGGACAUGAUUGCCAGGCUAGACCACACAAUAAUUAAUCGUGGCAACACAUCCACAUUUCGGAGAGCUGGAUGCCGUGAAUCAAUACUAGAUAUCACGUUCGCUUCCUCCGCAAUCGCUGCCUUUAUUGCGAAAUGGGCUGUCCUCGAGAUAUACAGCGCCAGCGACCACCAAAUGAUUGAAUUCACGACAACAGGCCCUGAAACUCGUCGAAGCUUGUGCAGUACUACCCAGCAAAGAAGAUGGAAUGACAAAAAGCUCGAUCCAACCACGUUGGUGAAGUUCCUUUCAUUAAAAUGA